GACGCGCCUGCGCUCGGCUACAAAAGACAACGGCUGCGGCGCUCCAGGCGGAACUUUCCAGAACGCUCGGUGAAAAGGUGGAGGAGCGGCGGCUGCCCGAGCUGCGCACGGCAACGCGCUCCUUCCCGCUCCCCCAUACCGGCAUCGGCCCUCUCACCGACUGUAGGAAAUGGUGAAAGAAACCACUUAUUAUGAUGUUUUGGGGGUCAAACCCAAUGCCACCCAAGAAGAAUUGAAAAAGGCUUACAGGAAACUGGCCUUGAAGUACCACCCUGAUAAGAAUCCAAAUGAAGGAGAGAAGUUUAAACAGAUUUCUCAAGCUUAUGAAGUGCUCUCUGAUGCAAAGAAAAGGGAAUUAUAUGACAAAGGAGGAGAGCAGGCAAUUAAAGAAGGUGGAGCAGGUGGCGGUUUUGGCUCCCCCAUGGACAUCUUCGAUAUGUUUUUUGGAGGAGGAGGCAGGAUGCAGAGAGAAAGGAGAGGUAAAAAUGUCGUGCAUCAACUCACAGUAACCUUAGAAGAUUUAUAUAAUGGUGCAACAAGAAAACUAGCUCUGCAAAAGAAUGUGAUUUGUGACAAAUGUGAAGGCCGAGGUGGUAAGAAAGGAGCAGUAGAGUGCUGUCCCAAUUGCCGAGGUACUGGAAUGCAAAUAAGAAUUCAUCAGAUAGGACCUGGAAUGGUUCAGCAAAUUCAGUCUGUCUGCAUGGAGUGCCAGGGCCAUGGGGAGCGGAUCAGUCCUAAAGAUAGAUGUAAAAGCUGCAAUGGAAGGAAGAUAGUUCGAGAGAAGAAAAUUCUAGAAGUUCAUAUUGACAAAGGCAUGAAAGAUGGCCAGAAGAUAACAUUCCAUGGUGAAGGAGACCAAGAACCAGGACUGGAGCCAGGAGAUAUUAUCAUCGUUUUAGAUCAGAAGGACCAUGCUGUUUUUACUCGACGAGGAGAAGACCUUUUCAUGUGUAUGGACAUACAGCUGGUUGAGGCAUUGUGUGGCUUCCAAAAGCCAAUAUCUACUCUUGACAACCGAACCAUAGUCAUCACUUCUCAUCCAGGUCAGAUUGUCAAGCAUGGAGAUAUCAAGUGUGUGCUAAAUGAAGGUAUGCCAAUUUAUCGUAGACCAUAUGAAAAGGGUCGCCUAAUCAUUGAAUUUAAGGUAAACUUUCCUGAGAAUGGCUUUCUCUCCCCGGAUAAACUCUCUUUGCUGGAAAAACUCCUACCUGAGAGGAAGGAAGUAGAAGAGACUGAUGAAAUGGACCAGGUAGAACUAGUGGACUUUGAUCCAAAUCAGGAAAGACGGCGCCAUUACAAUGGAGAAGCAUAUGAGGAUGAUGAACAUCAUCCUCGGGGUGGUGUUCAGUGUCAGACCUCCUAAUGGGGCCAGUGAAUAACACUCACUGCUGGCAUUUUAUUUGCAGUAGUGAUUGAGUGAAGGACUAUAAUCAUAACAUGCUCACUACUUGCUAUUGUUUGUUUUAAUAAUCAAUUAUAGUAGUGUUUUAAAAGUUAAAUGAAGAAUAAACUCGAAUAUAAAAGCUCUGACUUUGCCCUGUAUGUAUGAUGACUUCAGUGUGCAAGAUAAGUUUAAUACUUGUAAAAACUACUUUAAAAAAUUUCCCCUAGCAGUUGUUAGGCCAUACUUUGUAAUUGAUUUCAGCUAUGUACAUGGAAUAGCUUAGACUGAAAUGCCAGGUAUAUGUAUUGGCUUCAGUGUAUGACCCUUAAUUGUUAAGCUAUGAAGUUAAAAUUGUAUUUAACUGGCAGUCAGACGAAUUUGUAGAGAAGUGUUGGUCUGUAUAGUGGUAUUAAGUGGGAUUCAUUGUGAUGCCUCUGCAUUUAUUCUAUUGCCUCAACUGUUACUUGAAGAUGGCAUGCUAUAUAAUUUAGCCUGUGGUAUCAGUGAUAGAAAUGACACCUUUCUAAAGAAGGGGUUUAUCAUAUAACGCUGCUUCUUGAGGGCUUGCGCUUGUAGGAUUGCAUUCCCUUCUGCUGUGCCAUCUUUUUUUAAUAUAUGUAGCUAUUGGUCCUGGUUACUUUUUUUUUUUU